AUGGUACUGGUAGAGGACCCCGACAGCCCUGAUGAGAUCGGAAUCGAUGGUGCCAUGAAAUACCUUGGUGACAUUCAAGUUAGGCUAGAUGAGGUCGCGUGUUUAGCCAUUGCAGAAUUACUGCGUUCCCCAUCUAUGGGAGAAUUCACUCGAGAGCAGUUUAUAGAUGGAUGGAAAAGAACAGAUUGUGAUACCAUUAAGAAACAAGCUAUUUAUGCAGAUAGCUUGCGCAGACGGCUACCGAUUGACCCCGAAUACUUCCGUCGAGUUUACCGCUAUACUUUUCUAUUAUGUCGCAUGUCUGGACAGCGCAACGUCAACAUAGAAAUCGCCACAGAGCAAUGGCAACUAUUCUUUACGCCAGAAAAUGGAGGGAUCGCAUGGGAAACCGAAUGUGUGCCGUGGCUGAAAUGGUGGAUCGAAUUUAUCGAAACUAGGCACAAGCGUCCAAUCAACAAGGAUUUAUGGGAGCAGACAGAGGUUCUGAUGCGCAAAACUAUGGAAGACGAGACCAUGCAAUGGUGGAGCUCUGAUGCCGCCUGGCCAGGGGCUAUCGACGAUUUCAUUGCCUUUGUAAAGGAGAAGCAAGGAGGAACAGCAACGCAAUGA